GGUGACGUCAUGUCAUCUCCACCGCCGCGAAUCUUCCGCGUGACGUCACGAAAUGCCAAGAGCUCCUCCUGGAUGCGUUGCUCGCGAAUGAUCCGAGGUAAUGGAGGGAGACAAGGUUGAAGGAGCUGCUGCACUUCUAGUCUGGGUCAUUCUUAGAGAAAGGCUUCAGGACCUCCCUGAUCUCUGGAAUUAAUCGCAUGGCGAAAAGACCCUCGACACAGCCUGGUGAUAAAACACACCAAUGUGACCAGUGUAUACACAGCACGGAUCGCAGUGGACGUUUGAUGCAGCAACAGAGCACACAUGGCCGAGAAGCCCUUCAAGUGCACUGUGUGUGCGAAGGCAUUUGCUCGUUCAGAAAAUCUUCAUGCUCAUCAAAGAACACACACGGGUGAGAAGCCGUUCAAGUGCACUGUGUGUGGGAAGGCAUUUACUCUUUCAAAAACUCUUCAUAUUCAUCAGAGAACACACAUGGCUGAAAAGCCCUUCAAGUGCACUGUGUGCGCGAAGGCAUUUGCUUGUUCAGAAAAUCUUCAUGGUCAUCAAAGAACACACACGGGUGAGAAGCCCUUCAAGUGCACUGUGUGUGGGAAGGCAUUUGCUCUUUCAAAAAAUCUUCAUGUUCAUCAAAGAACACACACGGGUGAGAAGCCCUUCAAGUGCACUGUGUGUGGGAAGGCAUUUGCUUAUUCAGAAAAUCUUCAUGUUCAUCAAAGAACACACACGGGUGAGAAGCCCUUCAAGUGCACUGUGUGUGGGAAGGCAUUUGCUCUUUCAGAAACUCUUAAGAAACAUAAUAGAACACACACAGGUGAGAAGCCCUUCAAGUGCACUGUGUGUGGGAAGGCAUUUGCUCUUUCAAAAACUCUUCAUAAUCAUCAGAAAACACACACGGGUGAGAAGCCCUUCAAGUGCACUGUGUGUGGAAAGUCAUUUGUUCGUUCAAAAUCUCUUCAAAUUCAUCAGAGAACACACACAGGCGAGAAGCCCUUAGAGUGCACUGUGUGUGGGAAGGCAUUUGUUUAUUCAGAAAAUCUUCAUAUUCAUCAAAAAACACACACGGGUGAGACGCCCUUCAAGUGCACUGUGUGUGGGAAGGCGUUUGCUCAUUCAAAAACUCUUCAAAUUCAUCAGAGAACACACACAGGUGAGAAGCCCUUCGAGUGCACUGUGUGUGGGAAGUCAUUUGCUUGUUCAAAAACUCUUCAUAUUCAUCAAAGAACACACACGGGUGAGAAGCCCUUCAAGUGCACUGUGUGUGGCAAGACAUUUGCUCGUUCAGAUACUCUUAAGAAACAUAAUAAAACACACACGAGUGAGAAGCCCUUCAAGUGCACUGUGUGUGGAAAGGCAUUUGCUCGUUCAAAAUCUCUUCAAAUUCAUCAGAGAACACACACCGGUGAGAAGCCCUUCAAGUGCAAUGUGUGUGGAAAGGCAUUUGCUCGUUCAAAAUCUCUUCAAAUUCAUCAGAGAACACACACAGGCGAGAAGCCCUUAGAGCGCACUGUGUGUGGGAAGGCAUUUGUUUAUUCAGAAAAUCUUCAUAUUCAUCAAAAAACACACACGGGUGAGACGCCCUUCAAGUGCACUGUGUGUGGGAAGGUGUUUGCUCAUUCAAAAACUCUUCAAAUUCAUCAGAGAACACACACAGGCGAGAAGCCCUUCGAGUGCACUGUGUGUGGGAAGGCAUUUGCUUGUUCAAAAACUCUUCAGAAUCAUCAGAAAACACACACCGGUGAGAAGCCCUUCAAGUGCACUGUGUGUGGAAAGGCAUUUGCUCGUUCAAAAUCUCUUCAAAUUCAUCAGAGAACACACACAGGCGAGAAGCCCUUAGAGUGCACUGUGUGUGGGAAGGCAUUUGUUUAUUCAGAAAAUCUUCAUAUUCAUCAAAAAACACACACGGGUGAGACGCCCUUCAAGUGCACUGUGUGUGGGAAGGCGUUUGCUCAUUCAAAAACUCUUCAAAUUCAUCAGAGAACACACACAGGCGAGAAGCCCUUCGGGUGCACUGUGUGUGGGAAGGCAUUUGCUUGUUCAAAAACUCUUCAUAUUCAUCAAAGAACACACACGGGUGAGAAGCCCUUCAAGUGCACUGUGUGCGGCAAGACAUUUGCUCGUUCAGAUACUCUUAAGAAACAUAAUAGAACACACACCAGUGAGAAGCCCUUGAAGUGCACUGUGUGUGGGAAGGAGUUUACAUUAUCAGGAAACCUAAAGAGGCAUGAGAAGAUCCACAAGGAGAAAGUGAAAUCGACUUGUGAAAGUCAACGUGCUGCAAUGAGCCCAUCUCUCAUGAAACGAGAAUCAGAAGAAAAUUCCAACUUGGCAACAUGGCCAGGAGUGACAGUGAAAUUUGAAGAAGUGACAGUGAAAUGUGAAGAAGUGACGGUGAAAUGUGAAGAAGUGACGGUGAAAUGUGAAGAUCAAGAUUCGACUCCAGGACCCAAUCUACAAGUGGAUGGAGGCAGCGUGAAGCAGGAGGAGCCUUCCGAUUCUGAGGGAGAGCGAGGCAAUCCCCAGCAGUUUGUGGAUGUGGAGGUGUGGAUGGAGUUUUUGGACAAAUCUGAGUAGGAGGGGCCAGCACGUGUAAAAUGGCACCUUGGAAGAUGUGUAACCUGGAGUUUGAGACGAUUUUCCAUAGCAUCCGCCUUAUUCACUGGUUUCUGUCAUUUAAAUAAUGAAUGGGGUUAUAGGUGUCAGUCAAUCAGAGAUGGGCUUUCUGUGCAUAUGCAGUCAUUGAGUGUCGAAGUGAAAUAGUCGAUAUGCAAAGCAUUAUGCUGCCGUUUAAAACAUGAAUUAGGAAUGUAUUUUGAUGGUUACGUAUUAAAUGAAUAAGCAUGAAUUGUAACUGUUGGACAUUACUAUUAAAGUGGCUGUCAGGUGUGGCCGUGCUUUUCUGGAUGCUCUCAA